AUGGGCGAGGAAACGGGACCGAGGGCGAUGGAAGGCGGCGGGGAGAGGCGGGAGGGAGGGGGAUGGUCGGAGGAUAGGCCAAGAAAGCUACGUUCUCCAACUUGGCUGCAGAAAUUCCAGAAAGGUAAUUGUUUCGAGUGCGCAACAUUUCUAACUAGUUUGCUACUGGGCCAAGGAUACAACGCGUUCGUGGUAAGCGGCUACGCAACGAAGGAGCAAACCACGUGCGAUUUGACGCGAACAGUGUGCCCCUAUGUACGGCAACCCGAACCACAACCAUGUCACUUGGCAAUAGAGAAUGAAAUUUCAAAAUAUAAACUUCAGCCACCUCCGGAAUAUAAAAGUGAAUUUUUAGCAGAGUUGGAAAGAGAAGAAGAAACAAGAUUGCAAGAGAAACUAAAACGACAAGAGGAAGAGCAACGAAGAUUAAUUCAGGAAUUAGAACAGCCUCCACCGGAUAAAUAUUUUGGGUACAGAAUACAUGCGUGGGUUGCCAUUUUACCAGAAUUAGGGGGGCUGAGGGACCACGAGUUUUCCGGGCCACUUUUCAUCGAACCGUCUACCGGUGAAUCUUAUAGUCCAACGUAUGAUAAUACAGAUGGACUGUACCUAGGCGUUGAGAGUAUAUGGAACGAUCAAAACUAUUGGGUGAACGUACAACCGUUUUCGGAGACAUGCUCAAAGAUAAUAUGGGACUUGACAAAACUAGAAUUAUGGGAACACUUACUCCCCGGAGAACCAUGGAUAAUGCGAGGAAUAGGAGAAGCGAUCGAUGAAGAUUCUGCUAUAUUACAGGAGAAACAUUUAGAUAUGCCGAUCUCGUACGUGCAGGAAAUACAAAUCAGCGACGAAGAGUUUGAAAGGCGAUAUCCGAAUGGAAUGAAAACGAUAUUUUAUAAAAAAACAAAAGUUGAACUUUACAUGCAAUAUUUGCAAUCAGACGGUUUGAUAAAGAGGAUUUCUAAGUACGAUGAUUAUGCUUACCUAAACCUCAAAGAAGUUCAAGAAAUUUACGUGAAUAGAUCUGACAAUCUUGUAGAAUGUAGAAAGGAUUUGACCAACAAGUCUGUGAUUGAUUUUUAUGAAAAGGGCCGCCCAGAUCAAUGCAAGGAACAUCGAUAUUUCUUUGAUGGUCCCAAUACAGUAGACGCAGAACGUAUUUUGGAAUUUUAUCACGUCGCACGUUUUGAUGGACUCUCGAGAUUGGAAAUGCAUCCAACUUAUUUAAAACAAUACUUUAUCGAACGAGACGAUUUUCUAUAUUAUAGGUACGUGGAGUUUUCACACGAGAAUAUUCCUUUAUCCGAGGACAUCCAUUACCGGCAGAUAUCGAAAAUAGUAGAAGAAUUUAACAGAAACGAAGCGAUCAAGGCCAGUAAGAAUAUAGCAAUUCGUGAGUUUGCUAUCGAUGAAAGUGAAAUACGACUGACGUACCAUUAUGAAACUGGACAAUACAGCAGAGCAACUAGAACGUACAUAAAACCUCCACUUGCGGAAAGGGGAGACAGAUUAAUAUUGAAACCUACCAUGACACAAGGAUAUAAUCCUUUGAAUGAACCUGACAAAGCUUUUGAAUUAUUUUGUGAACUAGACGCACAACUUAUGGAGGAGGAUCAAUCUAUAACUUCUGUCAGAAGUGCUGAAGUUGAAGUGUCCAACUUUUUGAAUACCAGAAAUGAUGAAUAUUUAUCACCGAAGUUAUUAGUAUCUAUAUUCAAUAAAAUCCGAGACGAGGAAUCUAUGGUCGAGAUUAUGCGCGACUGGUCUCGCGUUCAAAGUGAAAAAUCCAUGAUGGAUGUCGUUGAUUAUAUGAGACCGUAUUUGGCACGUUUGGGAAAUCCAGAGGAAUUACCUGUACAACAGGCAUACUUACUACGAAUCCAAUGUCUUAACGAUUAUAAACAAGUACUCGUGAAUAGAGCAAAUAAAAUCUUACGUAAAUUCGACGAAUGUUCACGAAAGUUGACGGGCCUGCAGGAAAAAUUAUUAUUCCAGGGCAAAGAAUUAACCCGUGAAGAAGAAGAAGAAAUAUUAGAAGAAAUGAACAAAGUCAAUUUUGACAUGAUAACUUUAGAAACCCAAUUGAACCGUCACAGAGAUUUAGUUCCACAGAAGUACAAAAUGUUGGUGGACCACUUAGAACAGAGUUCGCACCUCGCAGUACUUCGGAGCACAUUUUCUAUUGUAUGAGUUAAAAAACAACUCAAGUCUCAAUAGAAACAAGAUCAUUCAUUGAAAAGACCAAGAACCCAUUUGUCCAAUACAACGACCUGAAAUACAUAUUUUUAAGAAAAAAUAUACGGAGUUGUUAGAAAAAAGUAAUCUUCUACAUCAAUACCUUCGUCAUCGAAGGUGGCUAAUGUAAAUUUGCUAAGUUUGUUCGUGAAGCUGCCCGUAUUCGAACCUAUUGAAUGAUCCGUUAAACGUUCAACAUUUGCAACAUCACCAUUAGCCCCAUGGCGGCGAUAUUCUUCAGCGAAUCCAGAGAUUAAUGUAUCCAUCAUUAUUGCCUGAAGAUAAUUAGACAUUUCAAUACUUUUCUACACAGAACCAACAAUUUAGUAGAAUCGGGUCGUACUUGUCUCGAGAAUACUUGUAGAAUUUUAUAAACGCGUGCUCCGUUCUCACGCACGGGAAAUUGGAGAAAUAAACAAGGCAGGCAAUCCAAAUUACUUUCAUCAGAAGGUUUAGCCAUCUCCCAACUGAGUUCUGAGUA